GCGGUGGGCGGGGCGGCGCCCCCGGAAGCGGCGUGCGGCGGGGUGCCAUGGCCGGCGGGGCCAUGGCGGGCGGUGGGGAUUCGUUUCGCGCUUUGCUCCGUGCCGCCAACGCGCUCCUGCAGCAGCGCCGCUACCACGCCGCGCUCGCCGUCAUCAAGGGCUUCCGCAACGGCGCCGUUUAUGGAGCCAAAAUCCGUGCCCCACAUGCCCUGGUGAUGACUUUUCUGUUCAAGAGUGGAAGUUUCAGGGAGAAGCUGAAGUCCAUUGCCCAGGCCACAUACGCUCACUCCCGGAACCUGGCCUGCUUUGUGUUCACCUACAAGGGGCUCCUGGCAGCUCAGUCCCGGCUGCAGGGGAAAAAAAUCCCAUUCCAUUCCUUCCUUGCAGCCUGCAUUGGGGGCUGGCUGGUGUUUGGUGACAACAAUCCCAUCAACAGCCAGAUCAUCAUGUACCUGCUGUCCCGCAUCCUGUUCGGUCUGUCCCGGCUGGCUGUGGAAAAGGGCUACAUCCCACAGCCCAAGCAGGAUCCCUUCCCUCUCCUGGCUGCCUUGGUGUGGGGGACAGUCCUGUGGCUCUUUGAAUACCACAAGGAGACUCUGCAGCCCUCCCUGCAGUCCUCCAUGACCUACCUGUAUGAGGACAGUGAGGUGUGGCACGACGUGUCUGACUUCCUCGUUUACAACAAAAGGACAGACAGCAAGUAGGUGCUUCACUCUAAACCACCUUGGAAUGGGAUGGGACCUCCCAGCUGCUGGGGGAAAAGGUUAUUCUGUUGCUUUUGACCUGUGAUUUUUUAAAAUUAACAUCUAUCAAGCAGAAUUGGCUCUUAUCUGCAGGCCAGAAUGUUCUGAUCAGUCUUUUGGCUCCUUUUAGAGGAAGCACACGUCCCACAGAAACUUGUUGCAGUCUGGUUUUAAGAGGCCUUAUUUUCCCUACAAGUGUGGCACUGGGGUUUGUUCUUUAAAAACUAAAUGUAUUUAUAAAAUGACAGCCUGACACUAAGUGCAGAGUAUGAAAACAUGUCCUAGGGCUCAUCUGAAUGUUUACAAGUGGUUUUUUCGGUGCUGUUGUGCUCACUGUGGUGUGAUUCAGGGUGAAGGGAGUGGGGGACCUGCUGAGCUCUGAGAGCAGGGCCAUCAUUUCUUCAUUGCUGUGGAUGGCUGAGAAUCCUGUGUAAACUAUGAUAAGGACAGUUAUGUGCUCCUUGAGAGAGUUCCUUUGCAGCUUUCCCUCAGGGAGACAAUAAAAUGUGUGAGAAUAGAACUGUUAGGAUCGUGUUGUACCAGCCUGGUAAAUCAGGCUUGGAAAGACUAUUUUUGCUUGGUUUCUUUCCUGCACUUGGGCUGAAUCUGUGCCUCUAUAAAGUGCACUAAUGAAUACCCUGUAAUUAUUUUAAACUUGUUUGUAAAGCUUUUAAAAGCUGCUUGAACUAAAUACCAAAAACAGUUACACAACUUGGGCUCCUCUAUGACCAGGCCUCAGCUCUCAGGCUGGGGGUUUUGUGUGUCUAAGGGAGUAACGUUUCCCAAGCACUUACAUUUAUUUUAUUUUGGUGGAGCAUGACAAGGGUUUCUCUGAGGACCACAAUCUGCCCUCCACAACAGGGGAAAGUGUUGGCUGUUACCAGAUUUCAAUCUGAUUUUGUACCUGUAGUUUGUGCAGGGUUAAUGGAUUAAUUUAAUGGAUUAAUUUAUUAAUUUUCUUCCUCUCAAAAACACUCUGCUGAGCCCCAGGACAGGGCAGCACACACUGGGCUGUGGCAGAAGAUAGCUGAGAAAGCACAAAACCUAGUUUAAUUAAGCAAUUAAUAAAUUCAGACUCCUCAUAGUGCAAAGCACUCACCUGCCUUAUAACACUACUCAGUUCACUCAAUGAUUGAAAUAAUGAUUGCAUUGAAUUGAAAUAAUCAGUGCAUUGAAAUAAUUCCUGGUUUGAUGUGGUGAAAUUUCCAAGAGAAUCAUUAAAUUCCCUGUUCCCUUUGGGCUCAGUUGGGACUGUUUGGUUCACUUUCCCUGUAUCCACCUGCUUUUCCCUGACCUGCCCAUGGCAUUUCAUAAUCCUGCUGAUGCUCUCUUCAUCAUCUUUGGAACUCUUUACCCUCCAGGCUCUGGCAGUUUCUCCUCAUCAAUGGUACAGCUAAAAUGGUACAUUUAACUUCAGGGAGCUUCUGAUUAAAAAAAAAAAAAAAAAAAAACCUCAAUUUCUUCCUAAGUCAUUUUUCCUUGUCCUCCUAAACUCCUUUAUAGUAAAAAAGGAGUAGUAUAGUAAUAAUUGCACAUAUUCAGAGUGCUGCUUUACUCUGUUUUUCCACUUUUCUUUGUCCAUGCAAAUGCAUGAUGUACAUGGUGCCCAAAAACCAAGAUACUUCUUUGUCAUAAUAAUUCUCUAUGAUCCCUUCAACUUCUAAUUUUAUUGCUAACUUCUGAUUAAUUGCUGUUACAAUCUGGACUGAAUAAUUGAAUUGGAAUCCAUCAGACCCCAUGAAAGCUGUAAAAUUAGGAGUUUGGUUUGUUUCGUUUGGUUAAAUAUUUUUCUCUGCAUAGCGAAGCAUAAAGAUUCAAUACAGAAAAACUGCUGAAGCUACAGGUGAGGUCUGAUUCCUUUAUAAACAUUUUUCUUUCCAACACUGCUGGCUGUUUGAAGCAUCCCAGUUUUUCUGUCAGAAGCCUCAUAUUGUUCUAUCUAAGAUCAUUGAUAUUCUGCUAAAAUUGCUGAAUUCCUGCAAGCUUUGAUGGGAUUUCAGAAAGCUGACAGCUGUGGCUUGGGAAUUGCUCCCUAAAACUAUUAAACUCACAAAUCCUUGA